UUCGUUUGUGCCCGCACUUCACCAUAAGCGACAGCAUACCCUCUCCUCUUUCACCUCACACCUCGCUCACAAAUCUCCCCGGAAUCAUCGGCAAUGCAGGGCAUGUCGUCGUCAUCCGCCGACAAUGCUUCCUGAUGCGACAAUCGACAGUGCAGCUGACAAGCUUGCCGAGUUCCGCAAUAACAACGCCCUCAAUGAUAUUCUCGACCAGUACGCUAUUCUCAUUGAAGAUUAUAAGCGUCUUAAAAGCGACUAUGAAGAGGAGCGUGAGGGCAGAGAGCGCUACAAGCAGCUUGCAAGAGGUCAAGAGCGUAAUCCUUUUGCUCUCGUAGUCGUCGACGGAGAUGGUUACAUCUUUGACGAACGCUUCGUCAAAGACGGUGAAGAAGGCGGGAGCAGAGCCGCCAAGCAACUCAACGACACUAUCAAAGAUAGUCUACGCCGCAAAGGUCUCGAAUCCUGCGAGGUCAUGGUCCGCGUCUACGCCAACCUCACAGGCCUAUCAAAAGCGCUCUGCAAGAACGGCCUCGCCGGCGCAGAGAAGCGCUCCUUCUCAUCCUUCACAGCCGGGUUCAACCGCUCUUACGGCCUCGCUGACUUCAUCGACGCGGGCGAGUUAAAAGAAAACGCCGACUUUAAAGUCAAGGCCAUUCUACGCCUGUACGCCGACAACGCCCAGUGCAAGCAUAUUUACUUCGCGGCCUGCCACGACGUGGGCUACGUAUCCGACCUUAUCCCCUUUAGGGGCAACCGUGAAAGAUUCACGCUUAUUCGAACGCCGAGUGUGUUGUUUCAUAAGGAGUUUGACAGACUCGGUAUGAAUGUUGAGGAACUCCCUGGCGUGUUCCGCCAUGUGCCACUCACAUACGCUUAUUCCACUGCGCAAACAAAAGCAGCUCUUGCGUCGUCCAACAAUAUGGGCAAAGCCGUCAGCGCAUCUUACGCAAAUUCUACGAUCAAAGGAAACUCGAAUGAUGGGAACACGGUCUGCAACUUUUAUGCACAAGGAAAUUGCCGAUAUGGCAGCGGCUGCAAGUUCUCUCACGGCGACAGUAAAACAUCCAGUCAGAAUAGCACACCUUCGCCAUCAACCUACGGCACAAGCACAAAGAACCUGACAGGUGAUUGGCGACGGGGCUCCAGCAUCACCAAAAGUAACAUCGAGUCUCUGCCUCGAAAGGAGGAUAUCCCAGAUGGAUGUGUUGCCAUCAACGCUGUUGAAGACCGCCUUGACGCUUACUUGCCCCCGCCUGACCCCGAAGCCGCAAGACGUCUCAAGCUGCUAUCGCAGGAAAAGAAAUUCUGCAAUAAUGCACAGCUGUAUAAUUCAUGCGAGAGCGACAACUGCGGAUAUGAGCAUGCACCAAUUGAUAAAGACCUGCUCCCAGCACUCGAACAUCUGUCACGUUCCGUACCUUGUACGCGUGGUGGAGCUUGCCGCAGAGCAAACUGUGUAUAUGGCCAUGUGUGCCAACGAGCAGACUGUCGCAAUCGAGCUGGUGGGAAAAGCUAUUGUCGUUUCCGCCCACGAAUAUGCACCGCAGAUUACUCCCCAGUCGAUUAUGUUGAGGCUGUUGAUCAGGCUAUGAUGUCCCCGUCCCUACACUCUGAAGAUGUCGAUGGGCGCAAUACCGAGAAUGGGGGGACUAAUCUGUGGGGAGAUCGGUAAACAACAACAAACUACAACGGUAUACCUGAUACAAUGGGUAUACACAUCAACGCAUUUUGGGGAAGAGUAUUAUGGUUCUACCUCGAGGGUCUCAUUAUAGAAUGGCUGGGGCUUGAGGGCGCUCGUUAUCUUGUGGAAUAGCCUUCGCCAGUACAAUAUGGAAAAUACGGAAGGCUGAGGUUGGUAAUUGUUCAUUCAACUGGACAGGUGAACGGGGAUAAUUUGGAUGGGCCGUAUUCAAGAAAAUCGAGUUUGGACGUCUUAUGAAAGGGCACUAGAAUACGGUACUUAGACAAAUAUAAAUACAAGGAUACUAUGGCGGUACA